AUGUCCUCAUCGGCUGACGCGGCCGCUACCUCAGCCGCCGUUGCUACGUCCGCGAACGUUGCCGACACCAGCUCGGUCGUCGUCGACACGACGUCCCCCCCAGUGACCACCGUCGACACGACUUCGGUCGCCCCGGACACGACCACCGACGUCACUCCUACCACCUCGGACCCGGGUGUUACGACCAGUCCCACGACCAGCCCGACGACCAGCCCCACCUCUGACCCUGGCGUUUCCACGGGCGGUGGCUCAACCUCGCCGACGACUGGCGGCGAAGUCACGUCGUCUGCCCCUGUAAACACUGGAGAAACGUCCAACACUGCAUCGGUCACUGGAGACACUGGUUCGGUGACCAGUGCGGCGACCGGGGCCUCUUCUCAGUCUUCUGUUGCUGAGGGUGUGACUUCAUAUGUUUACACCACUGUUACGUAUGCCAAUGGAACUGUCGAGACUUCGGCUGCAGCCGUCCACAGCGGCGGCAGCACCAACCACACUGGCGCUAUCGUUGGUGGAGUUGUUGGUGGCGUGUGCGGUCUCGCUAUCAUCAUCGGUCUCUUCGUCUGGCUCUUCCGCAAGCGCAGGAGGAACUACCGUGACGACUUUGAUGACAUGAUGUUUGACCCUGGCCGCGCUCAGAACCAUGCUCCUGUGGACCUUGCCGACGACGAGGGUGCGCCCACUGUCGACCCCUACUCGUACGGUGUCGCCUCUACCUCGGCCACUCACACGUCGCCCGACAUGAGCCAGCACCACAGCUACGGCGAGUACGGCGCUACCCUGUCGCCCGGUGCCGCGGUCACCGCUUCGCACAGCGGCACUUCGGAGAGCAACUACUACGCUGGCGCCGAAGGUCUCUCUCACGCGACCUCGUCAUCGGCUGGCUACGCUGGCCGUGGUGCCGGUGCCGCGGGUGUCACGCCGUUCCCUACUGCCCAGGUCGCUGGUGGACCCUCGCAGCCCGUCCCCGGCAACGUCUACGACCCCGCCACUGCCGGCAUGUCUGCCAAGCAGAUGGAGGCGUACCAAGAGUCGCAGCGCUUCCACAUCCAGAACCAGCCUAACUCGCCCACGUACGGCGGCCCAAGUCUUGCCGGCCCCAGCGACGGUAUCACUGUGCACCAGGACGGCGGCGCGUUCGAGGAGGAGGCCGCUACCGGCAACGAGAUCCCCCCUACGUAUGACUCGCUUUCCAACUCGCGUCUCUCGAACAACCCGCACUCGCCCUAA